AUGCGCUUAAUCUUUCCCGCCGUGGCAGCCUUGACUACCUCCACGGUCACCGCGAACCAAGAACCACUCGUAGAUUGGGUCAAAGGUUGGAUCAACAAGGCGCAAUCAUACAUUCCCUCUGCGGCUCCGUCGGUUGGGAUUCCGAACCCAUUAGAUGCCGGCGCGGCCAAGGUUGCUGAGAAAUAUGUUCAACCUCUCACCCUAGAGAACUGGCAGUCGGUCCUCCAGCCUUCACCGUCAGGAACUGGGCCGGAAGAAUGGGUGGUCUUCGUGACUGGCGGUAAUGCCAGCUGCUUCGGUCAAUGCACGAAUGUCACCAAAGUUUGGAAUGAGUCGGUCGCGAUCCUUUCCACGCAGCCGAACACGCCAAACCUGGCGGCAAUCGACUGCGAAGAUCAGCGAAUCCUUUGCAACAGUUGGUUAGCAGGGCCUCCCAGCUUGUGGCACUUCUCCCUUCCCAAGCCGUUGGCCGAUCAGUCCCACCCGACCCCCACCGUUCGAAUUAUCGAUCUCUUCCGCAACACGACGGCAACGGAUCUGCAGAAGAUCUUUGCUGAGGAGAAAUGGAACGAUGUGAAGCCAUAUGACGGCCCUUGGCAUCCGUUUGAAGGUUUUAUGCACAAGUUCGGCGUGGCCGUUCCGUUGGCAUAUGUGACCUGGGCUUUCUCAUUAAUGCCUACGUGGCUGCCAAUGAUUGCGAUCAGCUUUCUGAGCCGCACAUUCAUGUGAGUAGCUCAAAGCAUCAUCCCUCUGUAGUACUUCCCGCUAACGUCAAUUCUCUAGGGGACGGAGAACCAGACCCGGUCCCAGUGGAGCUAAUGCCGCCCC